CAUUUAACUUAAUUUUCGAUAUCUCUCGAUGAUCGAAACUAUCGAGAUUACCGCAUGUCGUACCGCGUGUCGACGUUUAGCAUUGUUUUCAAGUAGUAAGGUUAUGUUUUUCUUCUAGAAAAAUAAUUAUAGUAAUUUAUUAUUAACAGUAAUUGUAGCAAGUGUUUAAGAAAAUGACGAAAUUAAAACACUUAGAAUCUAAUGGAUGGAAACCAUUCAAGUUAGAUGGUGCAGUAUUUUCUGAUGGAUAUGCUGAAGGUUUAAUUGGUAUAGAAGAAUUAACUGAUUAUAAUUUAGAAAAAUCCAAUAAAAAAACAAAAAUUGUUGCAACUACGAAUAAGUCUAAAAAAAGGAGUAAGUCAGUAUCUAAAUGGCAAUGUGACGAUAUAGAAGAGAAAAUUGUAAACAAUAAAGAUCUAGAGCCUCGGACAAAGAAAGCUAAAAUCAAAGAAUCAAAUACAAAAUCAUUAUCAAAGUCUAACAAAAGUAUAAGUUUACAUGAAAACGAAGAUAAUAAGACUGAUUGUAAUGAAAGCGAUAUAAUAGAUAUUAAUGUUUCUGCUUGGAGUGUCCUUGGUACACCGAAUGAGAUAAUAAAAGCUUUAUCGGAUCAAAAGUUUUAUACUCCUACAAUUAUACAAUCUUUAACUCUGGCGCCAGCGAUAUUAGGACAUAGAGAUAUUCUUGGAGCUGCUGAAACAGGUAGUGGAAAAACUUUAGCUUUUGGUAUUCCUAUUUUAAAUGGUAUAUUAGAAUUAAAGAAUAAACAUCUAAAACAAAAACAAGAUCAGUUACAAGAUAAAAGUGAUGACGAACAUUUCAAUGAUGAAGAUGAUUUUGAUAGAAGUGAGAAUUCUGAUACGAGUGAGGGAGAAUUAGAGGAAAAUAAUGCUAACAUUGAUGGAAUUGGAUGCGUACGUGUAAUAGAUAAUGUAAAAAUAGAGGAGAAAAGAAAUUCUUCGACAAAACCAUUGUAUGCAUUGAUAUUAACGCCAACAAGAGAAUUAGCUAUUCAAAUAAAAGACCAUCUUGUUAAAGCUGCAAAAUAUACUGAUAUAAAGAUAGCAGUUGUAGUAGGUGGCAUGGCUGCUGUUAAACAAGAAAGACUUUUAAGUAAAGGUCCUGAAAUAGUAAUUGCCACUCCAGGAAGAUUAUGGGAAUUGAUACAACUUGGUAAUGUGCAUCUGAAUCAAUUGAAUUCUAUUAAAUAUUUAGCGAUCGAUGAAACCGAUAGAAUGUUAGAAAAAGGACAUUUUCAAGAAUUGCAAGAUAUAAUAGAAAGAAUUAAUGCGAAUGAAAAGAAGUCGAAGGAAAGACAAACUUUUGUAUUUUCUGCGACAUUAACCUUGGUUCAUGAUAUUCCUGAUUAUUUACAAAGGAAAAAGAAAAGAUUUGGAAAAAGUAAAAUAUUUAAACUUACACCCGGUCAAAAAUUACAAAAGAUCAUAGAUAUGUUAAAAAUAAAAAAUCCAAAAAUAGUGGAUAUUACAAAAGAAACUGGUACUGCUACCAAUUUGACAGAAUGUAGAAUUGCAUGUACAAUAGAUCACAAAGAUUAUUACCUUUAUUAUUUCUUAAAAAGACACAGUGGACGAACUUUAGUUUUUUGUAACAGUAUUGGCUGUGUUAAACGUUUGGCCACUCUUUUUAACAUAUUGGAAUGUAAUCCUUUACCUUUACAUGCUAACAUGCAACAAAGACAACGUUUAAAAAAUCUUGAAAGAUUUCAGGCUGAUGAGAAUGGUAUAUUGAUAGCAACAGACGUAGCUGCAAGGGGAUUAGAUAUUCCUAACGUUGAACAUGUAAUACACUACCAAGUCCCUAGGACAUCUGAGAGCUAUGUACAUAGAAGUGGUAGAACCGCGCGAGCUCAAAAAGAAGGAAUAACAGUUCUUAUGAUGGAACCAUCAGAAAAACAGAAUUAUAGCAAAUUGUGUAAAACUCUAGGACGAACCGAAGAUAUACCUACAUUUCCAGUGAUAGAUAGACUGUUAAUAGCCGUAAAGGAAAGAAUCGAUAUUGCUAGAGAAAUAGAUAGCUUAGAAUUAAAAUGCAAAAGAAAUAAUGUACACAAAGGGUGGUUACAAAAAGCAGUAGAAGAUAUGGAUAUCAUUUUGGAUGAAGAUCAACUAGAAACAACAAUCGAAUCGAAGGAAAUAGCAGAUUUACGACGUUCCUUGAAGACAAAAAGACAUCAUUUAGCAUCUCUCUUAUCAAAACCAUUAGUUCCAAAAGGAUUCUCUGGAAAAUAUCCGGAUACUAAUACAGAUUACAAUUUAAAUCAAAGCUAUUCAAAAGCAAUCGAUAUAAUGAAAAAAGUUUUAGAAAAAGAUCCAAAAAAAACGACAAAAAAGAACGUAGAUUCUUUAAAAAGGAAAAGACCGAUAAAGAAAAGAAAAGUACAGAAUUCGAAAUAAAUUUAAUGUAUAAAGGUUAAUAAAAAAAAAAAGAAAACAACGAAAAAGGAAAGGGACAUCAAAAACAUACAUUUAUUUUUUAUUAUUUUGUCGUCCUCAAAAGGUGAUAAAAAGGAUUACUUUUAACUGGUGUUACUUCAGCUUUAUCAUCCAUGAAUUAUAAAGUCAUAUUUUUUGUUUUUUUUUUUGUUUUUUUUGUUUUUUUUUUAAAUUUUUUUGUUCUUUUUUUUUUUAAUUACAUCGAGCGAUCUGCAGUUUUAAUAUGCGCGCGUACGUAGCCUUAUUACAGUUAACGCAUGUGGCAAAAAAUAUGUACAAAGUAUAUUAGACUCGUAACUAAACUUACGCAUACUUAUUCCAAAGAAUUUUCCUUACGUAAAUAUAAUACAAAUUGAAAAAGAA